GUAGGUGGGCCGCGUCGCUGUCGCCUCCGGUCCGUAGCUUUGCCUCCCUCUCCUGUUCUGCCGCGGGCCCACGAUGCCGCAGUACCAGACCUGGGAGGAGUUCAGUCGCGCAGCGGAGAAGCUCUACCUCGCAGACCCUAUGAAGGCACGUGUGGUUCUCAAAUAUAGGCAUUCUGAUGGGAGUUUGUGUAUUAAAGUAACAGAUGAUUUAGUUUGUUUGGUGUAUAGAACAGACCAAGCUCAAGAUGUAAAGAAGAUUGAGAAAUUCCACAGUCAACUAAUGCGACUUAUGGUGGCCAAGGAAUCCCACAGUGUUGCCAUGGAAACGGACUGAAUGGUUUGAAAUGAAGACUGUUUGUCAUGUUCUUAGGAAGUAAAUAUCUUUUGAAUUUGAGAAAGUGUUGGGACAGAAAAUACUUUAUGUAACUAAGUGGGCUAUUCAGAAGCCAAGAGAUCAUUUUUUGUACUUUGUUUUUUAAUGUUUACUUUAGAGAGCUAGGACUGUAAAUGCUUUCAGUUAGAAAGCCUUUAUUUAUUUUUGGAAAUGGAACAAGGAACGGCUCUAUCUUGGAAACUUUUUGCAGAUUGUUUGAUGUUACGCAAAAUAAAUAAUUACUCUCUGGUAAGUUUGUAUCAGUAAUUUGAAAAUGAGAUAUCAAGAAAAGCCAAUUCUUCCUUAAAUUUAGUUAAUCUGUCUUUAAAAGAAAAAUUAAAUGGAACCAUUUUGCUGGAUUGAUAUGUUUCUUUUGGAG